AUUUUCUCUGUGCUGUCCUUUUUCAUAGCUUGUUCCUGAACUCUCCGCCACAAAAUGUCCCAGGACAAGAGUGGCUACCCCAUUAUGGGGGAGUCCAACCCACUCCACAACAACAUCUACGGACCCCCGCAGCAGCAGGGCUUUGGCGUGCUGCCGCCCAACUACGGCCAAGGCCCCGGAGGCCCGUACCCACCAGCCGCCGGCUACGGCCAGCCUGGCUUCCCCCAGGCGGGCUUUGGCCCGGCUCCCUACCCGCAGAUGCCUUACCCCCAGAUGCCCUACCCGCAGGGGCCUUAUGCUCAAGGCCCCUACCCUGAGGGACCCUACCAGCAAGGACCCGGGCAGCCGGGCUUUCCCGGGGACCCCUCUGCACCUGGUGGCAGCCCCGGUUACCAUGGCGACGUGCCUCCGACUUACUACGACAACGAGGAGUUCACCAACUCGGGCUUCGAGGACAAGAGCAUCCGACAGGCCUUCAUCAGAAAAGUCUUCAUGGUCCUCACCGUGCAGCUGCUGGUCACCUUCUCCUUCGUGGCCGUGUUCACCUUCGUGGAUGAUGCCAAGGUGUUCGUGCGUCGCAACCCGUGGACGUGCUACGUCUCCUACGCGGUCUUCCUGGUGUCCCUCAUCGUGCUCAGCUGCUGCGGGGACUUCCGCCGCAAGCACCCCUGGAAUCUGGUGGCACUGGUAAAGAGGAAUAGAAAAAAAACAAAAGGCAAAGGACGGUGCCAAAUG